UACCCAAAUUCAUACUCACUCAACUCCGAAUUCAAUCGGCAUCCCCAAUUCUCUGCAAACCUAAUCUUCCACUCAAUUCAUCAAUGGCUCGUACCAAGCAAACCGCCCGCAAGUCCACCGGAGGAAAAGCUCCUCGCAAGCAGCUGGCCACCAAGGCAGCUCGUAAGUCUGCUCCGGCCACCGGCGGAGUGAAGAAGCCACACAGGUUCAGGCCCGGAACCGUGGCUCUCCGUGAGAUCCGAAAGUACCAGAAGAGCACUGAGCUCCUCAUCCGGAAGCUCCCAUUUCAGCGUUUGGUCCGUGAAAUCGCUCAGGAUUUCAAGACCGACUUGAGGUUCCAGAGCUCUGCUGUGGCUGCUCUUCAGGAGGCUGCUGAGGCCUACUUGGUUGGUCUCUUCGAAGACACCAACCUGUGCGCGAUCCAUGCCAAGAGGGUCACCAUCAUGCCCAAGGAUAUUCAGCUCGCUAGGCGCAUUAGGGGAGAGAGGGCUUAGUGACGCAGCACUUAGGUUUGUGAUGGGUUUUAGUACAGAGAAGGACUUGUAUUGGGUAUGGUGUGUUCUAGACGAAAGGCUUUUUUUUUUUUUCUUUUCUUUUUCUCUUUUGUGUUCUUUGGGUAGGGGUAGAAUUGUAGUUAAGAAUCUGAAAUCUUGUAAUGUUAACAUCUACGUUAAUGAAAUUCAGCGCCUUUAUUUGAA